GUCAUAGUACAGCUACCUUAAAGCGCGUGGAAUCUCCCCGAUCACUGCUGCAGCCAUUUCUUUUGUCUCAGAGGCCGAUAGUGAUAGAAGGAGGUUUUCUUUCAAAGCCAGAAAUGUGUGGAUUUUUUGCUGGCCUUCUCAGGCCUCGACGAGCUUUUGCUCCGAGGGCCCUUAUAAUGAUUCAACAAAAAGCAAAUAUCCAUGACAAACCACCAAAACAUAACGUUGGUGCGGUGGAGUCUGUAUUCGUCAUGACUGUGUUGAUCCUGGCCGUUCUCGGACCAUCUUGUUGGAUACUUUCAAACUUGGACCAUUACAAAAGUCGUGACUGAUGGAUGAGGCCCUGGAAACACUGGCUGUACUUAAACCCGUGGUGUUGUGCAUGUCGUUUGAAUCUUUUGAAAUCUGUUUUGUUAACAUAAUAAACUUGAGUUUGUCAAUUUAAUUGAGUCAAUUUCUCUUUAAUUAACGGGUGCAGUUCGGCCCCUGCACCAGUAGAUGGCAGAAGCAGUCGGCGGAAGUGAAACCUAUCGCAUUGCUUACAUACACGCUCUAUCACCUCAACGUAUUCAUAACGGAGAGUCUGUCAGUCGUAGGGAGUUAUUAAUCUCAAAUUUCGUCAUAGAGCAAAUGUGUCUUUGAAUGCAUCAUGAAGCCGCAGCUGACUGGGGCCAAGAAACGGCCGCCUGUGGCAAGACCAGCCGGGGUUGAGGCUGCCUUGUCUUUGCAAGAGGAGCUUGUUGCAGCGAUACAUGGAGCAUUUGAAGUGGCUGUGCACAUCGCAGUUAGAGAGGUGAAAAAACUGGUGGGUCAGACAACGGGCGAUACCUAUGAAAAGAUGCGACGAGAGAACGAAUCCCUCAAACAAAGGCUGCAGAGAGCUGAGGCUAUGUUGGACUCUGCUCGCAUGAGGAAAAGCGGUGGAAGCCCUCCUCCUUCACAACAACUCAUCAAAGCCUCAAAGCACACGGAUCAACCGUCUCACCCUAAAUACAAUCAAGUAAGCCCCAGUCUUCAAGUGGGCAAUGCGCACAGUGGUAGAGGGAUCAGAGGUGACGCGCCUCCUGCCAACAACAGCCGUGCACAGCAGCCUGCUGACCCCCAAAAUGAACACGUGAGCAGAAAUGAAGAGCAGAGAUCCGGCGACUUUGAGAAGACCCAGCCUGUCAGUGAUGCAGCUUCAGACCCAGAGGAAGAGAGAAAUAAUGGGUGCUCUAAAGACGUCACUGAAGAGAUUUCCCGUGGAUGUGUGGUGAAGGUAGAGAGUAUUAACCAGCCACGUCAGGACUCCACAGCUCAAGACCACCACUUGGCACCACUUUCCAACACUGACAAGUCCACAUUAGAGCAGGUCACAGUAAAGCAGGAGAAGCCAGAAGAGGAGGAGAGAGAUGGUUCAGCUUGUUGUUUAGACUCAAUCAAAGUGGAAGAUUUUAGCCUGGAGUGUAUGUCAGCGGUCCAGUCCAAAAUGUUGGAGGAGUGGGAACCAGAAGUACCAGAUACUCAGAGCCAAGACCCAAACACCCCGCUAUCCUGCACCAGGCCGGCUCAGGCUCAUCCCCCGAACUUGACUGCAGGCCUUCCAUCACCCACAGACCUUCCAUCCCUCUCCUCUGAGUUCCCCAUCUUCCAGCUGGCGGAACCAGCUCCCAUCCCAGAAGCCCCUCCACAGAUUUAUGGAGUCCACGUGCGGACCAGCCGCAGCCUUGGCCACACUGUCGGCAACCUCUACGCCUGCAAGUCCUGUGGUCAGACCUUCCACCUGCCCAGCUUGUUGCGGCGGCACUACGGCCAGUGCCAGCAGAAGCUCCAGCAGCGUUGUCAGCAGCCUGUAGCAGGAAGCAAGAGGAGACUUCAGCUUUACCCACCGGGCUGCAGCCCCUUCCGCUGCACAGAGUGCAACCGAGAGUUCAACCGCAUGGAGAACCUCAAGACCCACCUUCGCAUACACACGGGAGAGAGACCGUACACCUGCUCUGUGUGCUCAAAGUGUUUCCGUCAUUCUGGUGCAUUAACCAGGCACUUCCGUAUCCACACUGGAGAGAAGCCUUACAUCUGCGGACAGUGUGGGAAGUCAUUCAGAAACUGCGGGGGGCUUAAAUUCCACCAGCGUUCACACAGCAAGCAGCUACAGUAGUGGGAGUCAACAAUAUUAAGGUCUUCAUUACCUAUCUUUAUGUGAGUUAUAAACAGCUGAUUUUAUACUGCUUAAAAUAUUUUAAUUUGUCCUUUUCUGUGUUUAAAAAAAACAAUUCUUGCAAGCUUUUACAGAUUGAGUCCCGAAGCUGUCUAAAAUUCUCUGGACAGAGAUGAUGUAUCCCUUUUUAUGUGUGUCUGAUAGCUUACAGGACCUUAAGAGUUGUGCUUUUUUAUGCUAUAAACAAGAAAGUAGAAUUUUAUAGUCUUUUGAAUUAUUGUUACACACAUCCAAGGAUGUAUUAUCAGCAUUUCAGAGCUGGAUCACACCUUCUAAUAGGUGACUGUUCUAUAACAGGGUCUCACCUGUCUGUACUGUCCUCACAUCUUUCUGCUAGGUCUUCCUUUGAGAUUGCAAAUAGUGUUCACAAGAGCUCUCCCACAAACAGCAGGAGAACUGGCAAGUACAUCAUACUGAGGCGGUCUGUGUCAAACCAAAAACUGUUAAGUUAUUGAAAAAAAAAAAGUUUUAUUUCGGCGAUAAUGUUGUGUAAAUCAGUUUCAACUUAUUGGUAGAAGAGGACCAAGUAGAAAGACAAACUAUCGAUAUUCUAUUUGAUAACUAAUUCAGCUAUUUAAUUGGAUUACUGUACAUGUAUAUUCUGGCUCAGUAGUACUUAUUGAGAUGUGUGAAAGCUUUCAGUGUAAUUCUAAAUGCCACGUUUCGUUUCUUUUAUGAUUGUUAUUGAAGAAAAUCACUGGCUGAGCCAGUUGUUGUUGCCAAUUGUUUGUGUGCUUCAUUUAUCCAAAUAUGCAUCUUAUUUUGAUUACACUAUAUUGGAAAAUAAUGUAAUCAACAGUAAUAAACGUAUGAAAAUUGCUCAAACAGUGAACAAAGUAUGUAUGUUUUAUUGUAUUGUACCAAUACUGUAUAUGACCAUGGAAGCUUAUCAGUUGAAGUCUAACUUUGAUGUUUGAUUUAGUUGGACGUGGAAAAUGAAGUACAUUUUCUCAAGUCACUGGCACCAGAAGACAUUACCAGAUCAGCCAUAGCCUCGGCAGAAUCCCAGUUCAGUGUCUCCUGAGUGUUCAGAGUCAGAUAGCAGCCAUGUUUACAACUCUUUACGGCUGAUUUUUGAAAAGAAUUGUCAAGUGCAGAUUUCCACAGAAUAAAUGAUGAUCCCCCCUUUUACAAGGGAUAUCCAAUUAAAAAACAAUAGAAGAAAGAUUGCUGGGAGACGUUCAGAUUGCCAGUAGAGGGCAACAAAGACCAUCUCAUAUCAAAGAAAUUAAGCUUACGAAAAGCUCAUUAUGUCAAGUUAAUGUUCAGGCAUAGGAUGUCUUUUUGCAUUGAUUACCAAUAUGUGACAACAGAUCUGUGCAACGUACCGUAUGUCCAACACCAAACCAGAAACCACAUCACAGGAAAUGUUUGCUCAAACUACGGUGCAGCUGUUGUUACCCUAAAUAUUUGCACUGGUAUGUAAAAGUAUAAGGCACAUCAUGUCUGUUGCUGCUGUACAAUGGAGUAUACUGUAAAUGAUGAGGUACUUAUGAACUUGCUGCAGCUGCUUAAGUGUUUCAUUAAGGCUUAAUUGAAUCAUUCCAGUGUCCCAGUGGAUAGUCACGUCCCAUCACACCCUACCUGUCUGUUGACUCAGUAGUUUGAUUGGACGUGUUAAUAAGGAAAUAGAGGCUGUGUGCAUAUGUGUGUGUGCCUUUUUAAAUGGCUACAUUUCCCACUGAGAUGAAAACACUCUAACUCAUCUCUGAACGUCAGACUGUGACACAGGUCAUCAAACGCUCUGCAGUUGUGUCUGUGUGUCUUUUUACUGAUGCUUUGUUCAGUUUCCAUCAUUAUAUUUCUUGAUAGUAUUUUUCAUCUUUGUAUUACAUUUCAUCUCUGUUCCCUCUUUCUCUUUGCUGCUUCCUGCCUGCAUGCUCCAAUGUGAAAACAAGGCUCUGCAUUGUAAACUGCAUAUUAAAUUUAAACUGCC